UCCCCACCACCACCGCCAUUGCCACUCUUACUUGUUGUCAUCUUCAUUCUCCUGCUCGCCACCUAACACACACACUUCUACCGCCAUUACCGGCCGGAUUCCAUUUGUAUGGCAGCAGCUAAGUUUUUGGCACACCGGGAGGUAUCCGACCUCUGUCUGGGCAAGCCGGCGCUCAGAUCCCUUUCUCUCUCCGCCACCGUCGCUGAAGCUAUCUCCGCCCUGCAAUCCUCCGACCACCACGACACCUUCCUCAGCCUCUGGACCUGCCACCACGAGGAGGAUGGUCUUGAUUCCGAUCUUUCCUCUCACUCUUGCAAAUGUAUUGGCAAGAUUUGCAUGGUGGAUUUGAUCUGCUUCCUCUGUAGAGAGGACAGCUUGAUCUCCCCUGCUGCUGCUCUGCUCUCGCCGCUCUCCCUUCUCUUUCCACCCUCCGUACCGAGUCUCGUCGCCCACGUUGAACCCUCUUGCAGUUUGGGGGAAGCGAUAGAUCUGAUACUGAAAGGCGCGCAGAACUUGGUGGUUCCGAUCAGAGCUAGGCAGAGCUGGAUGAGGAAGAAGCAGCAGCAGAAGCAGAAGCUGUCUUCUUCGACAUUCCACAACGGGAGGGAGUACUGCUGGCUGACGCAAGAAGACGUGAUUCGCUUCUUUCUGAGCUCAAUCGCCAUUUUCUCGCCGCUCCCGGCUCUCUCGAUCGACUCCCUGGGGAUAAUUACCACUGAUGUCCUCACAAUUGAGUACCACUCCCCUGCCUCCUCUGCUCUGGAGGCCAUCUCCGCCUCUCUCGCCGACCAGACUUCAGUGGCCGUCGUCGACAGCGACGGGAUUUUGAUGGGUGAGAUUUCGCCCUUCGCUCUGUCGUCUUGUGACGAGACGGUGGCGGCUGCGAUCACGACGCUUUCCGCUGGAGAGUUGAUGGCCUACAUUGACUGUGGGCGCCCGCCAGAGGAUCUGGCCAGAGUGGUGACGGCCGGGCUGAAACGGAGAGGGCUUGAAGCGAUGCUUGAUGAGUUCAACAACUUUGUCAUUUCGUCGAAUUCCAGUUUAUCAUCCUCUUCAUCUUCUUCGUCAUCGUCCGAAGACGAGGAUACACCGCGGGCCGUGUCAAUGUCGUCCAGGAAGCAGUACAACAGGUCGAUGAGCUACUCGGCGAGGAUGGUGAGGAGAGCGGAGGCGAUCGUCUGCCAUCCGAAGAGCUCGCUUGUGGCAGUGAUGGUUCAGGCCAUUGCGCACAGGGUGAACUACGUUUGGGUUAUGGAGGAAGAUUGUAGCUUGGUUGGGAUCGUGACUUUUGCUAGCAUCUUGAGAGUUUUCAGGGAACAUUUUUGAGGCCAUCGCCUGUAAAAAUGUGUAAAAUGUAUGUAGCCUGCUUUUGUCAAUUGGUUUUGUAGAUUAAUGUUCGUUUUCUUCUUUUGUUUUGGAGUAGUUUCUGAGGUUGAGGGUAACUCCAGAACCAGGCUAAGGUUGAGUAGUUUCUUUCUUUUCUUUUUUCCACCCAGUCUAUGGCCAUGGCAAAACCAUAGUCAAGCUUUCUGGUGGUGCAGAAUACUGCAGACUGCAGAUCACUUCUGUAGUAAAUUUGUACUCUGUAAAGAAAUUGUAAGUUCAAAAUCGUAUAACUGCAUUCAGUGUAGAGAAUGGAUGGAGAGAGAGA